AUGGUGAGGUCAUUAGGACGUAAAGUAAGCUGGCCAAGAUCUUUCAGUUUUAGAAAGAUGUUUGAUGGUUGGAACUCUGGACAUUCAUCAUUUUCUUCUCGCGGGGAUGGCAGGCAUACCCCAGAGCACGAACUUGCUGUACACGCUACAACAUCGGCGCAGGGGACUCGAGGCAAACAAAACAGGACAUCAGACAUGGAAGUAAUGAAGGCAAGAUUCGCAAAACUGUUGCUUGGAGAGGACAUGUCAGGCGGUAGCCAAGGAGUGACCUCUGCGUUAGCUUUGUCAAACGCCAUCACCAACCUCGCUGAUUCGGUGUUUGGGGAGCAGAUGAAAUUGCAGCCUAUGUAUCCGGAGACUAAAAAGACUUGGAGGAAAGAAAUGGAUUGGUUAUUAUCUGUGGUUGAUCACAUUGUCCAGUUUGUUCCUUCUAAACAAAUGGGCAAAAACGGAGCAUUCACUGAGAUCAUGGUGACCAAACAAAGAGAUGAUUUGCUUCUGAACAUUCCAGCCUUACGCAAGCUUGACUCGGUUCUUCUAGAGACUUUGGAUAACUUCAAGGAUCAAAAGGACUUUUGGUAUAUCCCAAGAGAUGUUGAGGAUACAGAGAACAAUGGAGACUGGAGGAGGGAUGAGAACUGGUGGUUACCAGUUGUUAAGGUUCCAUCUGAUGGUUUGUCUGAAGAAUCACGUAAACUGCUUCAAAGUCAAAAAGAUUCUGUGGCACAAGUCCUCAAAGCCGCCACAGCCAUUAAUGAUGUAGUAUUGUCUGAAAUGAACAUUCCUGACAAUUACAUUGAGUCCCUUCCAAAGAAUGGGAAGACAAGCCUGGGAGAUUUCCUUUACAAGAUCAUAACAGAUGAAAACUUUGAUCCUGACUACUUCCUUUCUUUCUUGGAUUUGUCAACCGAACACAAAGUUCUUGAUCUAAAGAACAGGAUUGAAGCCUCCAUGGUGAUAUGGAAGAGAAAGAUGAACCAGAAAGAGAAAGAUGGGAGAUCACAGUGGGGAUCCUCUGUUAGCUUAGAGAAGAGGGAGCUUUUCGAGGUCCGAGCUGAGACUAUUUUGGUUAUGCUUAAACAGCAAUAUCCUGGGAUCCCACAAUCGUCACUAGAAGUCUCCAAAAUUAAGAACAACAAGGACAUUGGACAGGCGAUUUUGGAGAGCUAUUCGAGAGUUUUAGAAAGUAUUGCUUCCAAGAUCAUGUCAAGAAUAGAGGAUAUUCUUCAAGCUGAUGCCCUAGUUCAAAGACAGCUGAUGGCAGGAUCAGCUGAAAGCGGGGUGGAAUCUGAAUAUGAGGAAACCGAAAAGAUGGAGUCAGCAGAAACGCCAAACUCGAGAAAACUAUCUGAACUCAUAGGGUGGAGAUUGUCAUCAGAUACAAAGAAGCAUUGUUCCAUGAGUGAUAUAGAAUUAUUCCACAGAACUGAGCAGGAGAAUAAUAUGCUGAAGUCUCCAAGAGCUUUGGAAAAGCCGAUGAAAAUGAAGUCUCCGAGAGCUCUACCAAAAAAGCUUUCAUUUCUAGCAAAGUUAGAGAACAUGAGAAGCCCUAAUGAGAGACACUAACAGCCAAGUAGAAAGGAGCAUAGAA